AUGGCCUUCAGACUGGCGCCGAUCCCACCCCCAGCCCACGACUCAUUCAACGCAGCCCUCUUCCUCUUCGGCCUGCUGAACAAUGUCCUCUACGUCAUCAUCAUCGCUGCCGCACUCGACCUCGUCCCCCCCGACGUCCCCACAGGCCUCAUCCUCCUCGCCGACAUCACCCCCGCACUGCUCGUCAAGAUCGUCUGGCCCUACCUCCUCCGCGGGGCCAUCCAGUACCCGCAACGCAUCCUGAGCUGCUCGGCCCUCAGCUUCCUCGGCAUCAUCACCAUCGCCCUCUUCUCCGCCGUGCCCAUCAGACUCCUCGGCAUCGCCCUCGCCAGCCUCGCCUCCGGGCUCGGCGAGAUGACCUUCCUGCAGCUCUCCACCCGCUACCCUGGCCGCCCCGGGCUCAGCUGGUUCGCCUCCGGGACAGGCGCCGCGGGCGUCGCCGGCGCAGCCCUCUGGUGGCUGCUCCGCCAUCUCGGCCUCCCCACCGCCCUCGCCAUCAGCUCAGUCCUGCCCAUCUGCCUCUCCCUCACCUACUUCUUCCUCCUCCCCCCGCCAAGCCAAGCAGCAUCCCCCCACCUCGACGCAGGCUACGCCGUCGUGCCCGACACCGACCGCCCCGACGCCCCCCCGCUCAAGCCCCCCGAAGAACUCGCCCUGCCCGACAAACUCCGCCUCGCCAGGCCGCUCCUCAUCCCCUACAUGCUGCCCCUCUUCGCCGUCUACUUUGCCGAAUACACCAUCAACACCGGAGUCGCACCCACGCUCCUCUACCCCCCUCCGAAACCCCAAGCCCAUCCAGUCUUCUCCCUCGUCUUCAAAAGCCUGCGAGACUACUACCCGUUCUGGCAGCUGACCUACCAGAUCUUUGUCUUUUUCUCGCGCUCGUCCAUGGCCAUCUUCCGAUUCCCGGCCCUGCCCCGGAGGCUGAUCCCCAUGCCCAGUCUGCUCCAGCUCCUGAUCCUCGGCACGCUCGUGCUCGAGGCCUCCUCGGCCAUCCUCACCCGGAUCGUGUCCGUCGACUGGAUCUACCCCCUCGUCUUUGCCCUCAUCUCGCUCGAGGGCGUCUGCGGCGGCCUGGCCUACGUCAGUGCGUACUACUGGCUGGGCAGGGACGGCCACCAUCUCGACCACGAGAAGGAGUUCAGGAUCGCCUGUGUCGGCUUUGCCGAUACCUUUGGGAUCCUCUUGGCUUCCCUCUUCAGUUCCUGGCUAGAACCCAGGCUGUGUGCCAUCCAGGUCUCCCAUGGCCGAACACUGUGUCGAGAAGUUGGAGCUAACCAUUAG